CGGAUGCAUCCCCUUGCCUUAGUGUUUGAGUUCUAUCUCUAUAUAAACUCCAAUUCUUGAAUAGUAAUCAUCCUUGUUGUUCACUCGAAUUCUACCUGGUUGGUUAUAGUACACUUCAUCUUGAUCUUGUCAUUCAGAAAUUUAAAAGUUCCAGAGUUGAUGUACAAUUGCCCCAACAUGUCGAGACGAGAUCAUUCUUACAACUGGAAGGGAUGUUUCGUAAUUUUCGCAUGCGAGGUGGGAGAGAGAGUAGCAUAUUACGCCGUAUCUUCCACUCUCACUGUCUACCUUACGACAGUCCUGCAAGAGACCGUGGCCGAGGCAGCCAGAAACUACAACAACUGGGCAGGAACUACGUUUCUUACUUCCUUUAUUGGAGCAUUCAUUGCGGAUGCAUUCUUGGAUCGUUGUUGGACCAUCGUCUGGUCCAUGAUAACAACUUUCCUGAGGUUAUUAUUCAAAGUUCGAAAAUAUCGAUGCGUGGCUGAAGACUGAUGAACAAUUUCUCAUCCAAUCUAAUAAUUUUGAGACAUCUAGGCUCGAAGGGACACGUCAGCUACGAAUUCAAUGAAAAGAGCUUUGCAUUUGUAAUACAGCUUGGGAUCAUGUCAGU